GCGCGUGGCCUCGGGUGCUGGCGGGACGGGGCCGCGGUGUCGCGGUGUCUUCCGUUCUUUAGCGGCCGUCUGCAUAUUUUGUCUGUCUUUUUUGCAAUUUUGAACAUUUGGCAAGACGAAGGGGUUCAAGGCAGGUGAAAGCCACCCGCACGUCGCCGAGGAGCCGGCGGGCACUGGACGCGCUCUCCGGAGACCGUCUGCACGGGAGACCUGAAAGUUGUUUUUUUGUUUUUGUUUUUGUUUUUUCAUGCAGAUGUAUUUAUAAAGACAUAAGUAAUUUUUUUUCUUCUCUUGUCUCCAAGCGAGUACUUUGGGCAAAGGACGGACGAAAAAGCUCAGCAACAUUUUGGUGGGUGGUUUUUUUAAAAGAAAAACAAGUUUUCAUCGCGAUGGAGAAAAUGUCCCGACCGCUCCCCCUGAAUCCCACCUUCAUCCCGCCUCCCUACGGCGUGCUCAGGUCCUUGCUGGAGAACCCGCUGAAGCUCCCCCUUCAUCAUGAAGACGCAUUUAACAAAGAUAAAGACAAAGGAAAGAAGCUGGAUGAUGAGAGUAAUAGCCCAACGGUCCCCCAGUCGGCAUUCUUGGGACCCACCUUAUGGGACAAAACCCUUCCCUAUGAUGGAGAUACUUUCCAGUUGGAAUACAUGGACCUGGAGGAGUUCUUAUCGGAAAAUGGCAUCCCCCCCAGCCCUCAGCAUGACCACAGCCCCCACCCCCCCGGGCUGCAGCCGGCUUCCUCAGCUGCCCCCUCCGUCAUGGACCUCAGCAGUCGGGCCUCCGCACCCAUUCACCCUGGCAUCCCAUCCCCGAACUGCAUGCAGAGCCCCAUCAGACCAGGUCAGCUGUUGCCAGCAAACCGCAAUACACCGAGCCCCAUCGAUCCUGACACCAUCCAGGUCCCAGUGGGUUAUGAGCCAGACCCGGCAGACCUUGCCCUCUCCAGCAUCCCUGGUCAGGAAAUGUUUGACCCUCGCAAACGCAAGUUCUCUGAGGAAGAACUGAAACCGCAGCCCAUGAUUAAGAAAGCUCGCAAAGUCUUCAUCCCUGAUGACCUGAAGCAGGAUGACAAGUACUGGGCGAGGCGCAGAAAGAACAACAUGGCAGCCAAGCGCUCCCGGGAUGCUCGGCGUCUGAAGGAGAAUCAGAUUGCCAUCCGGGCUUCGUUCCUGGAGAAGGAGAACUCGGCCCUCCGCCAGGAGGUGGCUGACUUGCGCAAGGAGCUGGGCAAGUGCAAGAACAUUCUGGCCAAGUAUGAGGCCAGGCACGGGCCCCUGUAAGAUGGCAUAUGGGGGGGCUGGCUGUUGACUAGAUGGACACUUUGUUUCCUGUCUGAUAGCACCACACCCGAGCCAACCUUCCUGCCAUCAGCACUUUACCAGGGGCAUCAGUCAACACAACUGACUCACAUCGUGGUGUGUGUGUGUGCGUGCGCACGCAUGUGCUUGUGCGCAUGUGUGUGGUCAACUGUGUGCGCUCACGCGUGCAUUCCUUUGCACUUGCCAUUUUCAGAUAACCCUCUCAUCCUCUUUUAGCUCCAAAAAAAAAAAGGUGCCAUGUUUUUACUGGACUGGGGAGACCUCUCGCUGGGUUUCCUGCCCCUCCCCUCUCCCCUCCUCCUACCCUUCCCACUGGCUUCAUGUUCGCUCUUACCUACUCUUCCAGGACCCUGGGUCUGGAUCCACCACAAAGGGCCCUGGUAAAAUGGUAGCUCUCAGUUUUCAAGACAACAGGCUCUUGUUUCUGUUCAACCUGUAAGUUACCACGCUAAGACAGUGCACAAAAUAACUGGGCACUACUCCACAGCUCUCUUCAGGUAUAGGUUGCUUUCCUCAUGUUUUCAGUUUGGGUGGUAAUUGUCUUCAAAUUUAAAGUGCUGUUUAGAUGCGUUAGAUCCCAUAUUUACUUACCGCUAUCUACUAAGUUUCCUUUUAAUUCUACCAACUCCAGAUAAGUAAGAGUACUAUUAUAGAACACAGAGUGUGUUUUUGCACUGUCUGUACCUAAAGCAAUAAUCCUAUUGUACGCUAGAGCAUGCUGCCUGAGUAUUACUAGUGGACGUAGGAUAUCUUUCCUCCCUAAGAAUUUCACCCUCUUUUAAAAAACAAAAAUUACAGUAAUGCAUUUGAGCAUGCCCAGAUCAUUCCCGGGACAGGGAAGCUGAGAGAAAGCCAGGUUUAAGAAGGAGGAGUUGACUUAUCAGUAUACGAGCUGGAAACAAAUGCACCUUGGACCAGCUUUGACAUUGGUAGGUUUGGUGGUGUUCUCCCCCGUCCCAGGCGCCCCGCCCUCACUUUUGUAGUUAACUUUUUCCAUAGCCCUCUUGGUAUUCAAAACAAUUCAAUCACUUAAGAUUCAGUUUUCCCCAUCAUUUGUAAUAUAUAUAUUUUUGUGAAUUAUUAUACCUUGCUGUUUUUAAAAAUCAGUUAAGUUAAUGAGUUGGUGUUUUAUGAGACCCGUUUCCUAGUGGUGUUAGUUUUGACCGCUUCAUAAGUUAAUGACCCUGGAGCUUCUGUUUCUUCCUCUCUGUUUGCUUUUGAACGUGUGUGCUUUUAUAAAGUGGACUUCUGAAAAAUGAAUGUAAAAGACACUGGUGUAUCUCAGAAGGGGAUGGUGUUGUCACAAACUGUGGUUAAUCGAAUCAGUUUCAAUGUUUACUAUAGACCAAAAGGAGAGAUUAUUAAAUUGUUUAAUGUUUAUACAGAGUAAUUAUAGGAAGUUCUUUUUUGUACAGUAUUUUUCAGAUAUAAAUACUGACAAUGUAUUUUGGAAGACAUAUAUUAUAUAUAGCAAAAAGAAAUGGAUAACUAUUCCAUGUUUUGAAAUUAUAUAGCAAAGAUAUAUAUUCCUCAAUGUUGUACAGAGAAGAAGGGCUUGGGGGUUUUGAAGUCUUUACUAUUUUAAGCCUGUCACUGACACAUCGGCAUGUUUUCUGCUUUAAAACUUUAUGACAGUUUGAGGCUUGCUGUGAUGGAUCCUGCUGUAAAAUACAUGAGGAGAUUUCUUGUUUCUUAUUAGGUCUCAGAAAGAAGUCAGUUAACGUCACCCAAAAGCACAAAAUGGAUGUUAGUCAAAUAUUUAUUGGAUGAUGCAGUGUUUCUUAGGAAAAGCAUCUGCCACAAAAAUGUUCCCUUCGAAGUUAGGGCUUCACUGCCACCACCCCAGGCAGUUCUGUGCCCCGCCGUGGACGCGCGCGUCUUACGCGGCGUGUGGCUGAUAUCGGUGCUAUGUGUGCGGCUUAAAAUCUGAUGGAUGUUUUGACUUUAAAGACGGUUCUUUUGAUUCACUAAGUUGUAUAAUGUCAAGAGAUUCUGUUGUUAUUACAGAGAAACAGUUUGUGCUAGAUUAAAAUACCCUUUCAUCCCUGGGAUUUCCUAGUUUCCUGCCUCUAGAACAUCCAGUUCCAUAGUGACCUGGUGGGCUCCUUGCUAGUCCCUCAGCAGUUCUCUCAUGGUGUUACAGUCUCGGGAAGCUUGACUGGUAGGGUUUCCUAUUAGGGAUUCAUUUCAUGCCAAGCCACCCAUUCUCGUGGGAGAGGGGAAGGGGUAGAACUGAAAUGUGUCGCUCAGGUAAAUAACUAAUACAGCAAACAAACAAGGCCCUUGGCAAUCUCAAGCAGAACUGAAUAAGCAACGUUCAGUGCGAGCCAUUGAGCUCAGAACUGGCCUUUUUUUGGCGAAGAGGCAAAUUGCAGCAGAAUUGUUCAAUGUCGUCAUUCUCGCCAGCAGAGACAAAUGGAGGAGCUAAGCGGAGCUGUGUUGAAGGGAGCGUGCCCUGGACCACCCAAAUUCACUGAAGUAUAACGGCAGCCCAAACACACACACACACACACACACACACACACACACACACUGUAUUGUGCCCUGGUCUUUCUUGGAAUUAGAUUGUUUGUAUCAAAUGAGCAUCACGCAUGUCUUGUGCAGGGAAAAAAAAAAGAUCAUAAUAAAACAUAUUCUUUCAUGUGCCAGGAAAGGUUUCAGAAACCUACCUUGUCUUAGAAAUGUUUAAACUUCAGAGUUUGUGCAGGUGCCUUACCUGUAGGUCGUUGUCACCGCACGCAUGUGAGUGCUCACCCCUAGACUCGCUGCCUUCUGUCCGGGGCAGUGACCUGGGAAAUCAGGCAGUUCUGCUAACACAUGUGGGAGGCCACGGCCCAACUGGGGAUGACUUGGCUCAACCAGCGUCCAAGGAGCUCUGCAGACUGCAGCUAUUGUAAGAGUCCUGUUGUCAUUUUUCACCUUCUCAUCAUAAGCAUCUUUCAGAGAUUAAUUACUUAGCCAUUAAAAAUGAAUCCAAAUCAUACCAUGCUAAUGUUUCGAUACAAUUUGGAAUAAGGGGUCCGGGACAUCCUGACAAGGUCACAUCAUCCUUUCUUUUGACUAGAUGUGCACAGAAAGGCAAAACUCAAUCGCCCUGUCCUUCCGCUCAGGCCACCCAGCGGGUAGGUAGGGGAUGGAAUGGGAGGGCUGAUGGGGCCUUUCCUUCUCUUCAGAAAGCAGCUGCCCUUGGAAACCCCUCGGUGGGUAAGAUGUGAUGGGCCUUGCAUCUGCAUACGUGUCAGGCACCUGCAAACCAUCUCUCAAAGCAGAAGGACCCUUUGUUCGAGGACAGUGCAGAUGUGGUUCUGGCGCUGCUGGGUAGAAGGCUGUGCGAGUAACCGAGAGCUUCCCUUCAACUCCCUGGUUUGGGGAAGAAACUCAAAAUAAUUCUAAAUGAACAUUUAAAAGGUCUUGGGUCUAUUUGUGAAAGAAUGUCAAGUGGAGCCCUCCCCCACUGCCCCGCAGUAAAGAAGCAGACAUCUGGAAAAUACAGCCUGGUACAUUUUUCCCCCCAGUAGUUUAUCUAAUCUUCCCCUAAUGUUCCUUUUAGGAAAACUCAAACUUUAUCCAAGUUCAUCAGGGUGAUCCCACGGCAGGCCGGCUUGGCCUGCUUGCUCGUGUGGGGGGCAUGGAGGCCUGCGUUUACCCCAGGGUCAGCAAGCUGCGGGGCACUGGGCCCCCAGCUCCCUGCCCCUCCGCCCGGCCAAGGUAGUCGCCUGCUCUCUGCUGUCCAGCUCCCUGCUGAGGGCCCCCGGGCGCCACGAGGGAGCCCAGGGCCCCCCACAGGCUGUCUCUACAGUGAAUAACACCAUUUCAAAAAGGAGCAAAGACUUCACCUAGAUCUUGAUGACUUGGAUUUGGCAACUAAAGUCAGUCCACUUUGCACAGGGCCAAAUGUAUGUAGGGGAGUGUGUGUGUGUGUGUAUUUAAGUCAAGACACAAAAAUCUUUAGUUUUGGAGCACCUUACCAAACAUAACAGUAAUUCACCAUUAUCUUUUUGGCAACACCACAAAGACUGCAUUUGCUAAACAGGUAAAAGUUCACAUGAGGUCAGUUUAAUUGUAUACCAUGAUACUGGUGGUGUUGAUGCUGUUAAAUGCAAACCUUUCUCUGUUAUUCUUAAUGUUUAAUAAACUUUGAAUUUUUUCCUUUCUUUCAUGUAUUUUUGCUGACAGUCUGCUAGAAAUUAGAUUCUGUU